AUGGCUCAGAAACCCAAACUCACGCUUUUCGUGGACAUAGUCAGUCCAUUCGCCUACAUGGCCUUCCACGUCCUGCAACGCUCUCAAAUCUUCAAACAAGUAGAGAUAACCUACAUCCCUAUCUUCUUGGGCGGCGUGAUGAAAGCCUGUGACAACCGUCCUCCCAUCUCCAUCACCAACAAAGCAGCCUACAUCGAAUCCGACCGCAAGCGCUGGUCCAAAUACGCUAAUAUCCCUAUUGGCAAGGACAUGCCCAAGGACUUUCCACCACUGACUUUACAUGUAAUGAGAGCUUUGGCUGUAGUAGAGCAACACCAACCAGAUAAACUGGUUGAUUCGAUCGCAGCUUUGUAUAAAGGCAUGUGGGUAGAUGGAAAAACUACUCACAAACCUGAAGUCUUUGAAGCCGUGCUUGCAGAGGUAUUGGGGAAAGAGGGUGCUAAGAGUGUUGUUGAACAGUGGGUANNGAGCACAAAGCCAGAGGCAAAGGCAAAGUUGCAGGCCAAUACCGAGUUGGCUUUCAAAGAGGGCGCAUUCGGCUUGCCGUGGUUUGUGGCGACAAACAAAGAGGGUGUGACGGAAAAGUACUGGGGCUUCGAUCAUCUGGGUCAGGUGGUGGAGCAUUUGGGGUUGGAUAGGAGUGAGGCCAAGGAGUUGAGAGCGAUGUUGUAG